UUACCGCUGGCUUGGAUUACGAAGAUAGCUUGCUAAGGGGCAUUUUACACUUAUUAUUAUUUUUUUUCUCCAGCGGAUAUGAGGUCUCAUAAACAGCAGGGACGUGAUACCCAAGGACAAUUUCUUACACCCACGGUAAACAGCUACAAAAUGCAUUUAGCAGCAGUGAAAUCCCUACUGCCAGAGAGAGUCAUACCCAAGCCUCUUGACAUAAGGUUGCCGAAAGACGUCACAAAAGCCAACGUGGAUGUUUUAAGAGCUAAACUGUUGAAGCAAGAUUGCAGGCUGACCAUGUAUAGUAAAAACCUCCAUACCCCAGCACUGGGAUUUGUAAAAGAGUUCACAGAGACAGAACAUACUUUAAUGCCCCCUCAAGUCACUGUCAAGAGAGGGAAAGCAAAGCGAGUCAGCCAAGGUGCAGACCUCACCUACACGCCCAGCAUGGCCCCUGUCAUUUUAAACCCAGUCGGUGAUCCUGUAGCUCUGAAUGACAGAACUGCUCCGGGUUUUCCCGUGACCUUCUGCUGUCGGAAUGACUAUCCUGUCAUCCCAGACAGACUGGACCUCGACCGUCGUGGCCUGAUGGAUUGCCCAAACCUGGAUGGGAUGAAUAAGCUCCGCUUCCUCAACCUGCAGCACAACCGGAUUUCUCACCUCCCCCACCUGGCUCAUUUGCGAUACCUCGUCUUCCUCGAUCUCUAUGACAACCGUUUGAUUGACAUGUCGGCCGUAUCGCCCCUCUGCUCCCUUCGCGUGCUCAUGCUCGGCAGGAACAGAAUUCAGAGGAUAUGCGGUCUGGACACCAUGACAAAACUUGAUGUGCUGGACUUGCACGAAAACCAGAUCAUUAAGAUCGAGAACGUGUCUCACCUAGCAGAACUCAGAGUGCUAAACUUGGCAGGAAACUGCAUCUCUAGGAUGGAGAACCUGCAGGGCCUGGAAUCUCUGAUCGAACUCGACCUCAGGCGCAACCACAUCUCCUUUGUGACGGAGGUGGACCAGCUGCCCUGUCUCCGGCGUCUCUUCCUCAGUGCUAACAACAUCAGCAGUUUUGAUGAGCUGGCAUGUCUGGGAGACUUGUGCUCUCUGAGUGAGCUCGCCCUGGAUGGAAACCCUGUAGCUCAGGAGUCAUGCUACAAACAGACCGUGCUGCGCUGUGUGCUUCCACUCCGGCUGCUGGACAUGAAGCGCAUCACAGAGGAGGACAGACGCACGGCAAAUCUUUUAGCACGAAAGGAGGAUGAAAAGAAGCGCGAGAGCCACAAACAAGCCGCUCACAAGGAGAAGCGACGGCUGGCCAUCCGUAAUGCAGCGCAGCAGUGGGAGGAGUCCAGGAGCUUCCUUGAGCUACCCGCACAGAAUGGCGCCAAGGAAGAGCUGAGUCCAGAGACAAGCCCCGCCCACAGUCCAGGCCAGACCAAUGGGAUCACUCAGGAGCCUUCACCUGAUGACCUCAGACGAGAUAGAGGGAGUCCUCUUACUGUUCCUGAGCGCCCAGCAGGGGGCAGUGACAAUAAAUUGCGCUCAAGCAGCCGCCCCAACAGUCCCCGAGACCCCAGACUCCAGGAGGCAGGGGGUGCCAGCGUUCAGAGUCUGUCUCUGUCUGAGAGCCACGUGGCCGAGCUCGAUGGCGAGACGGUGCGUCUGUUCGGUCCAGGAGCUCUGGAGACUCUAGAAAGAGGCUGGGGCGUGCAGACAGCCAGCGCCGUCACUACCAUCGCCUUCCGCUAUAUCCAGUACGACAGCAUCGUGCCCACUCUGCCACGCAUUCGCCUCAAAUUUCCCAACCUCACGCACCUGAUCUUCAGGGAGACUAAUAUAACACGCCUGCUGCAGUUAGCAGCACUAGCGCAGGUAAAGAGGCUGGAGCAGGUGACCAUUGAUCCGGAGACGAACCCUGUAGUAGGUCUGACCCUGUGGCGAGCCUUCCUCAUCUACAGACUCAACCACCUGAAUCUGCAGAGAAUCAACGGCACAGAGGUGACGAUGAAUGAUGUCAUGACAGCCGAGCGCCAUUUUGGGACUCUGGGUCAUGUGGCCUCCACGGAAACCCCGCACUGUCGACUGCUUCUACUGCUGGAGGAGUCUAGGAAAAGGCAGCUGCAGUUCUUGCUGGAGGGCAGAGUUCGCAGGUUCGGUUUGAGCCCUGAAGAGCUGAGGGAAAACGGCAAGCUGCUGGGGGAGAGCAUGAGCCGUGCACUUUUUAACUAUCACAGCAAAGAGGCUGGAGGCUCUGACAGUCCAGAGGAGCCCGGCAGCGAGGUGCUGGAGCGCAGCUCCGUGGUGGAUCAGUACCUGCGGGGACUCGUGCACUCGGCUUCCAGCACCAGCGUGAAGGGAGAAGCACUGCACAAGCUCUGGCCCACCAUGUUUGUAGAGAUGGUGAGGGACUGCGUGCUCAAGACCAGGGACACGGCGGCGUGCAUGCGCACCUGCCUCGACACGCUCUCUAAUGCCAAAUGAGAAGGAGGAAAACGAUGUCAUGGAGAGUGUGUAGAGAGAAAUGAAAGGAUGUUUACUCCACCCAGAAAAAAAAACAACAUUCCUGAUGAUGUUUUUUUUUCCCUUUUCCCCAAUCACAGUCUCCUAUGGAGAUUAGUCCAAGUGUUGGGAUUUGAACUUGUGUAUGACUUGGAGGGACAGACUGACACUUCUGUAAGACUCAUUGUGACACACUUAAGCUCUGAGAAAGAGAAAGGAAUGAUCUCUGAAAAACAUGAUGCCUGUGAUGUUUUUAUGCUUGCUCACUUACACUUUCACGAGUGUCCCAGAAGAGAAGUAAAAAGUGAUGCGUCUUCCUAAUGGUGCUGCUAACACAGACACAAAAAAAAGAAAACCUGGUCCGGUUCUUAUUCUGUUCGUUGUCUAACUGCGAAACAUUAGACGAGAUUAGACCAUGUUUUGUUUUAUGUUUUAGCCGUUUAGUCUCUUUUUAUGCUGCUGGAUAAGAUCCAAAUGACUUAAACUCUUCCUGCACAGAGGGUUUUUGUUUUGCUUUUGUUCUAUAUUUUACAGGAUAU